AUGUUUCCCGAUAUCAGAAAUCAUCUCCGAAUGCUAGAGAUCUCGUACAUCGAAGGACUCAGAUACAUCGGCGUUAUAGUUCUUCUAACGAUCACAUGGAUUUGCUGGACUUACCGCAAAAGGGGUAUUUGGACAUCGUCCUCUGCCAAUUCGAAAUUGAUUGCCGGUCCCAAAGGAAAACCUUUCACUGGGAGUCUCCAGGAGUUAAAGACAAACGGCGCUGCCAGCUGCGAGGCCUGGUACUCUCUGUACCAGCGGUAUGGACCCGCGUAUGAAAUGACAAUCCCCUUCUUUCGGAUGCAUAUCAUCAACCAUCCCACUUAUCUCGAGCAUAUCCAGAAACACAACAGCAAGAAUUACAUCCGCGGGGCGUUCACGAGGAAUGUUUUUGGAUCGCUCCAUAGAGGCGGCAUAUUCGUUGCUGAUGGGCCGGAAUGGCACACACAGCGUAAAGCAGCUACUCGUGCAUUCAGCAAACGCAACUUCGAGACCCAUAUCACUCAAUCGGUUCACUAUUGGCUGGACAUCCUUAUGCGUCUACUCUCGAACUUGGCUAAGCAGGAGAAGGAGUUCGACUUCCAGGAACUUAUGGGCCGUUUCAUGUUCUGUCUCUUUCUUCGAAUCGCUUUUCACGAGGACAGGCUUGCCUUGGAUAUCAUGUCGGACGAUCCAAAAAGUCUAGAAUCGAAACCAGAUUACGUCGAGGCAUUUGAUCAAGCUGUUCAUCUUUUUGACCGCAGGAGACGCGAUCCACUUUGGCGAAUGACAGAGAUGCGCUCUGGAGAGAACAAAACCACAAAGAGAGCCGUGGAAUUGUUUUACAAACAGAUUGAUUUCCUGAUCGAAAAACGACUCGAAGCAAUGAAGAACGGUUACAAGCCUAAUCCAGACAACGGUGUCGACCUUUUGGACCUAUUUAUGCAGACGACCACCGAUAAAUAUACUCUAGGUGGAAUGGUGUUCUCAAUUCUAUCUGCUGGCCGUGACACGACGACGUUCAAUACCUCGUGGUUUGUCAAGGAAAUUCACCACAGAGACAACCAACAUCUUGAUGCUCUGAGCAAAAUUCGAGCCGAGGUUGAGGACCUUGGCUUUGCUGAUGGUUUCUUGAACUAUGCAGAUGCGCCGAGAUUACGAUUUACGAAUGCCAUGUGGGACGAGUGCACUCGACUCAACACGGUCUCUCCGGCCGGUCAGUUGGAAGCGGCUGAAGACGAUAUUCUCCCUGCUGUACCCGAGCUGAGUAUUCCUCCUCGUCGGGUGAAGAAGGGCGACGUUGUUAGUUACCAGAACUAUGUCAUGGCCCGUAUGCCAGAGAUUUGGGGUAAGGACGCGGCCAUCUUCGACCCAUACCGAUGGUUGAAUGAAAAUGGAGAAAGUAUCACUUACAGCCCAUUUAAAUAUCAUGCGUGGAAUGCUGGGCCACGCAGCUGUCUUGGACGUCCACUAGCUACGUACGAGGGCAUCACCAUUACCGUAGCCAUUCUCCAGCGCUUCGACAUCAUUCUAUCGGAUGACAGCAGGUUAUACAAACCACUCGCUGCACUGAAUAUGGUACUGUUCUUGCCCUUUCUAGUGACGGUAUUGGACGAACGUAGCGGCUAA